GGCCGACAGGCUGCCUCAGUUCGGAUAGCAGGAGAAACGAUAGUUCAGCUAGCGAAACGAAGCUAACCCGAGGAUUCACACACCGCGUCCCCGACCGAGGACCCGCAAACUCAAGAUUUUAGUCUGAUUCCAAACAGACAACAUCGUUACCUUAUGGUUAAGUUUUUGUUUUCGAAUUAAACAAGAUGUCAACCCCAGCUCGACGGCGUCUGAUGAGAGAUUUUAAACGACUCCAAGAGGACCCUCCGGCAGGAGUUAGCGGAGCCCCGUCAGAAAACAACAUCAUGGUCUGGAACGCUGUUAUUUUUGGCCCAGAGGGAACACCUUUUGAAGAUGGAACUUUCAAACUCACGAUAGAAUUUACAGAGGAGUAUCCGAACAAACCUCCCACAGUUCGGUUUGUAUCCAAAAUGUUUCACCCUAAUGUUUAUGCAGAUGGUAGUAUAUGCUUGGACAUUCUUCAGAACCGCUGGAGUCCAACUUACGACGUUUCUUCAAUUUUAACAUCUAUACAGUCUUUACUGGAUGAGCCGAACCCUAACAGUCCUGCCAACAGCCAGGCAGCUCAGCUGUACCAGGAGAACAAACGAGAGUAUGAGAAACGUGUGUCGGCCAUCGUGGAACAGAGCUGGCGUGAUUGUUGACCCCCCUCCAACACACACACACACACUCACACACACACCCUGCUCUGAACGUUCAAAAUUUGAACAGUACCUGGCCUCAGCCAUCAAGAGGAAAACCAUUGCGCAAAGAAUAAAAUAAAUACACAUCAUGUUUUAAAUCCUCCUCUUACUCUGUAGAGUUGUCUGUUCUGUAGCUGUUGCAGUUAGAGUGCUGUUGUGUUGUGGUCUCCCUCUUCAUGCAGGAUCUUAUUCUUUGACCAGGACAUUUUUUUUUUUAAAUCACCAAAAUGUACCUUGCCACCUCAAGGAUACUUGCUAUAAGCAUUUCUUUGAUCUAUCCCUAAGUCUCCAUGCAGGAGUUGGUCAUGAACAUAAGCUGUUUGGUUUUGGUUUGCUCCUAUAGUGUGGCCUGAUUGCAUUUAGGAAUCCAGUGGUUGCUCAGGUUUUGGUUUCCAGUGUGAAUCUUGCUUUAUGGAAAUAGCCCUGGUUGAAUCCAUGGAUUUAUUUUAUGUCUUUGUUUGUAUCAAAAGUUCCCCCUCAAAUCCGAAUUACAUGCUAAGGAAUUACAAGAUGGUCUUGCAGAAAACAGGCUAAUAUCAGUUCCUCUGUCAUAACAGAUUCUUUUACUUUCAUGUUUGCAGACUUUACUGCACUGAAAUAAGCUAAAGACAAUUCUGUGAGACUAAAGCUGUACUAAAAUGUGAAUAUUUUAGCUCUUUUUAAAAACCUGAUAACUGUUUUUGAAUUUGAAAUUAUUUAAUGCUUACAAAGUUGUCUUUCUUACCCAAAUUGAAAUGGCAUGCUACUGUUCUAAAAGGACUGUCAUGAGACUUCCCUGUUAAUUUCACAAAGCCCUUGCCAUGAGCCUAGGACUUGGAAUGUAACAAAAAUGGUACUGAUGUACUUGCAGGCUGUAUGCAUCUUCAUUCUGUUCUGUUUGUCUUUUCCCAGUUGCAACUUGGCCAUUUUCUUCCAUUCUAAUUUGAGUGCAGUUUGUUUUUAUUUUUCUGUCACAUGUGGAUUGCUUAUCUGACUGCCUGGGCAUGAUACUGUUUUAUGUUUUUUUUUUUCUAAUGCAGUGUCCAUCUUAAUUUGGGUCAUUAUUUUUCAAAUGCACAUCCUGAGUUCGAGUGUCAGAUUUGCACUAGUAAUUCAUGUAAGAAACUGUACAUUUUCUCACUUCUUGUAAAUAAACAGAAAAAUAAGCUCA